GGGGACGAAAACGGGGACAAGGACGACGACGAUGAGGAGGAGGAAUCCCGACGAGAAACGAGUGAAGUUGGUCGUCCUUGACGCGGCGCGGACGGACGGACUGGAACGAGACUACGCGCGCGGAGAGAGGGGAAGGGGUUUCGACACUUCGGUGGCUAACUUCACCGCGCACGGGCACCACGGGGGCACGGAUCACGAUCACGGUCACGACACGAGCCGAGCACGACGACAGCCAGCGAGACCAGGCGCUGAGGCCGCGCGAGACGUCCGCGACGUCCCGCUCUCACCCCGAUAUUAUACUUGGCCGCGCCGCGCUGCUUUUCCGGUGCCUCCGGCACCUCUCCACCUCUCACUCUCGUCCUCCUCCUCCUCCUCCACCACCACCUUUAACCACCUCCGCCUCUCCUCGUCCGCCGCCUCCUCCACGAGCCGGUUCCUGCGUUCGCGUCGCUCAGCGCGAACGUUAACCCGCCGCGAUCUCUCCGCGUUACACCAGCUGCGGAGCCAAGGCAGCUCGCGCUCAGCUUCAACGGCACAGCUGGACGGCGUGUACGUCGACGGCCGACGGCGACAGCGGGCUCCUUCUGUCUGCCAAGAUGGCGGACGACCGUGCCGAGCCGCGGCGGUGCGUCGCAACGCGCCGGCGCCGCCGCCGGCCGGCCAAUCCCGUGCGCCCACCGCCGACACUCGGCUGCCGCUCGUGACGUCAUCACUACUCACGGCUAACCGAGAUUUCGAAGACGAGAUUGAAACGAAAACGACGGCGAGAUCGCGGCUCGAAUCGACAACGACUCUCGAUCGUUCGGCGACGCGAAUAUUUCUUUCGUUACCGGAGGGAUAUUUCGGUUACGGAAUUAAAUUUUUGAGUGACUUAUGAUGUACGUCGGAAUGACGCGUUUCCUAUGAGCUAUGGUCGCGAGAGAGCAUCGAUUGAAAAUACGUCGUGAAGUUGGCGGUCGUCGCGAGCACGGCUACCAACGUGUGCGAGUUGCUAUUCUCUAAAAGUUCACGAGCGGAAUAUGUUAUAGUUUCUUCCAUUGUUCACAGUUAUUUUUUAUGAGUACGAGACGUAUUUGAUAUGAUUCUUCGAAAAGUUUUGGGACGAUAAAGAAAUGUAGAAAGGCUUUGAAAUGUCUUUAUGUAUAUAUGAUCAGUGAGGAAAUUGAAAGAGGUCAUCGCGUCGUUUUAGUUUAUCCGAAAUCUAUAUCGGUCUCUGGAACGUCGACUGGAGCGCCAAUCGGAUUAGGUCGUGCGCGGCGUCUCGGAGCGCAGUUCACUCC